AUGUCCAACCCUACGAUACCCCGCGGUUACCAUGAUGAGCCCAAGCGCGGUCACUCGAGAGUACCCAUAGAGCUAGACAAACCCAAAGACGACCUCAUCACAUACAGAGAAUUGAGCAAGUGCGAUGGCACGGAUUUGUCCAGACCUGUCCUAGUCGCGAUCAAAGGGACAGUCUUCGAUGUCACUCGAAACGCCGCCUAUGGAUCCGGAGGACCAUAUCAUGUCUUCGCCGGCAAAGAUCCCUCCCGUGCCCUUGCGAUCUCUAGCCUGAAACCCGAGGAUUGCGUCCCAGAAUGGCAUGACCUUGAAGACAAACACAAGACAAUCUUGGAUGAAUGGUAUACCUACUUUAGCCAGUGCUAUAACAUCAUGGGAAAGGUAGCCGGUGCAAAGAACUUGGAUCCGUGA